AUACCACUUUUUCAAAAAGCAGAUGAUGCAGGUAUCUUGGGGCCACAACGUUAUCACAUAAUUUUCUGCUAACAUUGUUAACCAGAAAACUGACUUCAUUUAUUGACCCCUCAUUUUGAAGUUAUGUUAUGAGAAGGAGCUUAGCACCGAGUAAAUUAAAUUGUACAAGAGAGUCGUCCAGUGCACCUGAGCCAUCGCUGAAAAAGUACAGAACUGUUUUGCAUGAAAAAAACGUUCCAGACCAUUCUCCAAUUGACUCCAACUCUUUCAGAAAGUCAUCACCUGCAUGCAACUACCCCGAUUCUCACGAAAAUCUUAUUCGCAAUAUAUUAUCAAAGCCUUUUCGAGUGCCAAUUAUUAACUAUAAUGGUAGUUCAAGUGAUUUAAGGGUCUUGGGUGUUCGUCGUAAUACAUCUAGGGUUGCUUUACAUGACCCUUUUGAAGAAGAUGCCCUAGUUUUGUAUUCACCUCCAGAAGUGACAGCCCAUGACGCUCUUAAACAAGAAUCGACUAAGAAGCUUGUUCAUGUCGUUGUCGACCCAAUGUUAUCGAAAAUUCUUCGUCCUCAUCAGCGUGAAGGUGUCAAGUUUAUGUAUGAUUGUGUUACUGGUGUACAAAUACCUAACAAUCAUGGAUGUAUAAUGGCAGACGAAAUGGGUCUUGGUAAAACAUUGCAAUGUAUCACAUUAAUCUGGACAUUAUUGCGUCAAGGUCCGGAAGGUAAACCAAUAAUCGACAAGGCAGUAGUUGUUACGCCUAGUAGCUUACUAAGAAAUUGGUACAACGAGUUUCAAAAGUGGUUACACGGGAAAAUACAUCCAUUGGCUAUUGAUUCUGGGAGUAAGGAAGAUAUUGAUAGCAAAUUAGCUGGUUUUCUUUCACAAGCCGGACGUCGAAUUCCGUCGCCAAUAUUAAUUAUCUCUUAUGAAACUUUUCGAUUGCAUGCUUCCGUUUUACACAAAGGUUCUGUGGGUCUGGUUCUCUGUGAUGAGGGCCAUCGUUUAAAGAACUCUGAAAAUCAAACAUAUCAAGCACUAGUUCAAUUAAAAUGUCCACGUCGUGUACUUCUUUCUGGGACACCAAUUCAGAAUGAUUUACUGGAGUAUUUCAGUCUAGUACACUUUGUCAAUAUGGGAUUACUGGGUACAGCCAGUGAAUUUAGACGUCGUUAUGAAAUACCCAUUUUGCGUGGACGUGAUGCAGAUGCUACAAAGGAAGAUCAAAAGAAAGGUGAAGAGAUACUGCAGGAACUUUUAGGUAUUGUGACACGGUGUAUUAUCCGUCGGACUCAGGCUCUACUCACAAAAUAUUUACCUGUGAAAAUUGAACAAGUAGUUUGCUGCAAUUUAGUUGGAAGUCAGCGUGAGGUGUAUUCAGAUUUUGUUAAACGAAUGGUACGUGAAGUUUCACUGAAAAUGAAUAGUGCAGAUGAUUCGCGUAAUGAUAAGUCUAGUCUGGCAUCUAUAACACAUUUAAAAAAGCUAUGUAAUCAUCCAGAUUUAGUAUAUGAGAAAAUGGCAGCAAAUACUGAUGGCUUUCAUAAUGCCCUUAGUUAUUUUCCAGCUAAUUAUCAAGGCUCACUUGAAUCUAACGCUUCUGUAAAACCUGAACUAUCUGGUAAAUUUCAAGUUCUUGACUGUCUUUUGGCCGUAAUUAAGUCUACAACGUCUGAUAAAGUUGUCCUCAUUUCAAACUACACUGAAACAUUGGAUCUCUUUGAACGUUUGUGCCUUCAAAGAGGGUAUAAUUUUGUACGACUAGACGGUACAAUGACAAUAAAAAAACGAGCAAAAGUUGUCGAACAGUUUAACAAUCCAACUUCACGUGAUUUUGUCUUUAUGUUGAGCAGUAAAGCUGGUGGCUGUGGUCUUAAUUUAAUUGGUGCUAACCGUCUUGUUAUGUUUGAUCCUGAUUGGAAUCCAGCUAAUGAUGACCAAGCAAUGGCACGUGUAUGGCGCGAUGGUCAGAAGAAACAGUGCUACAUUUAUCGUCUCAUUUCGGUAGGUUUUUAUUAACACUCUUGAACUAGUUAUUACGUUAUUUUAUAUCGGGUGGAAGAUGGUGCACUGCCAUUCUAACCACCAUUCUGUUGUCAUCGAAUAUUUUAACUGGAUGAGUAUAUUGCUGUAGCAUUAGAAGCAUAUCAGUAUAAGCGGUUUCUAAUGAAUUGUUAAGGUUUGUUUCUUGUAUCGCGGACUAACUUUGACUAAACAACUAUUGAGAACUACAAAGCGGUGGUUAGCUGUUUCAUCCUAUUAUAGGACUUUUAUGCAUUUCGCAUCUAUGGCCUCGUUGGAGAUCGUAUCCAGGAUCUUCGGGUACCUAUAAGAAGACCUGAAAGUCUAGCUAAGGUCAUUUUGUGACGUAAACUAUAAGUAUGAGAAGUAGUUGUUUUUAUCUGAGACUUUUGCAUCUAUUCAAUUAUAUCAGUAUUCUGUAUUGAAUAUCUUUUCAAAUAAAGCUCGUUAUUCAUUGUUUACUUUCACAAUUAUCAUGGAAUUUUAGACAGGUACCAUUGAAGAGAAGAUGCUUCAACGUCAAGCGCAUAAAAAAGCUCUUAGCAGUUGUGUAGUUGAUCAACAGGAAGAAGUCGAACGUCACUUUAGUCUCGAUGAUUUGAGAGAGCUUUUUAUGUACCAUUCUGAGACGUUAUCGGACACUCAUGAUAGAUUCAAAUGCCGUCGUUGUGUCAAUUCUGUACAAAUAAAGCCUCCACCGGAAGGAACAGACUGUAAUUCAGAUUUUUCCCAAUGGAAUCAUUGUUACACGAAAAAGACGUUGAGUGAUUCAGUCCUGAAAGCAACUUGGGAUACUGGGUGCAUAUCAUUUGUAUUUUGGCAUUAUUCCCAUGAAGAACAACGUAAAACUGUAUAGUAUUUUUGUUUUAGUUGGUUGUAACAUAUGAUUGAUUUUCUUGAUUUUUUCAUUGGUUCUCUUAUGGUAUAAUGAAUUCAAUUUGUAAAAUUUUCUUAUUUUUGCAUUCAAUCGGAAGACACCAGGACUCUUUCUGUACUUCUUUUACAAUACAUGUGUUUUGCUUUUUUCAGCUUUCAU